UUUAGAUGGAUUGGAUACUCCAAGCAAUUCAAGAAUCUAAAGAGGCACUCGACUCCCUGUUCGUCCGAUUCCUGAUAGAUGCCCCGAAAGAUGCCUCGCUUGAGAGGUUGAUGGUGAUAACGGUACACUACUUCGUCACGCAACUUUUGACCAGGUACUGGAGAGAGUUGGGAUUGAAGAAGGCAAUGCUGAAUAAUCUUCAGAAAGAAUCGCUGUUGAAACCGCCGUAUCGGCUCAAGCUUCUCCGGGCAUCUUUGAGCAAAAAGCGUAAGAAGAAGAUGAAAGAUCUGAAGGAAAAGAUCGAGGAGUUGGAUGCUGAUCUGCACAUGCUUCUGGAGUACAUCACCGGUGCUGUCUUUGACAACUAUCGCCUGUGCAACUCACUGCAGAUUCGAGACGAAGAUGAGUACUCUUCUUUGACGUAUGUUCAGAGCAUAUUUCCAGAUAUUGUUCAAACUCCUAUCAAGUACAUAGGUGAUUUCCUAAGUGAGCAUGAAGGCCAUGCUAAUGGGCUCCAGACGAUUUGUCAUGUGCCAAUUCUGGGUAUGUAGGUUGCAUGUUGCCCAGUUUCUUCUACAAUUUCCUCUGUUUUUUCCCCUGUUUUUACUGUCAUUUGGGUCUCCGCUGUACUGCACGAAUUGGGGGAUUCCCUGUGUGUUACCCUCAUACUGUUCUCCAAAUGUUCUAGCCAUGCGAAAAUCUGAAAUUUUGGAUUUCAUUUCACUAUCAAGCAAAGCAUUGCUUGUUUUGAAAUCUUCAUGGAUGAUCCUCAAUCUAGAACCUUGAUCUAGAUAGACUAGCCCUCAAGCAAUUCCACAAAUAAUGUGAAAAUGCCUAG